CUCCACUCCGCCGCGCCGAGCCAGCGAGCGGGCGGGCGGGCGGCAGCUCUCGCCGGGCGCCGGAGCCCACGGGAGGCGGCGGGCGCGGGCCGGAGCCGGGGCCGCGGCGGCGGGGCCCGGCGGCGGCGGCGGCGGCGGCGCGGCGAGUUGGCGGCGGCCCGAGCUCGCCGGAAAGUUGGUGCCGGCUGAGCCGGCGGCGCCCGCUCGCCAUGCAGAGACCCAGCGGCCAAGGGACCGCCUUCUCCAUCGACUCGCUCAUCGGGACGCCGCCGCCGCGCUCCGGGCACCUGCUCUACACCGGGUACCCCAUGUUCAUGCCGUACCGGCCGCUGGUGCUGCCGCAGGCGCUGUCCCACGCGCCCCUGCAGUCGGGGCUGCCGCCGCUGGCGCCGCUGGCCUCCUUCGCCGGCCGCCUCACCAACACCUUCUGCGCCAGCCUGGGCCAGGCCGUGCCCUCCAUGGUGGCGCUCACCACGGCCCUGCCCAGCUUCUCCGAGCCCCCCGACGGCUUCUACUCGCCGCAGGAGCUGCCCCCGCCGCGCGCCAACCCCGACGCCGGCUGCCGGAGGGGCGCCGAGGGCCUGGAGGCGGAGGAGCUGCCCCCGGGGCGCGAUAAGGGGCCGCCCGAGCCACCGCUGCACUUCCCGGACCCCUUCCCCGGCCUAGCAGACGGGAAGGCGUACAGCUCGGACGAGGAGAAGCUGGAGGUGAAGUCAGCAGCGACGCCGUGCAGUGAGCGGGAGGAGGAGAGCUCGGCGGGCGACAGCGAGGAGGAGCCCUUCCUGGACGGGGCGGCUGCUGCCGCACUGGGCACCAAGGGCAAGGGCAAGGGCGGCCCUGCAGCCGAGCAGGCCCCGCCAGGCUCUGGGGCCGGCAAGAGCCGCCGGCGACGCACGGCCUUCACCAGUGAGCAGCUGCUGGAGCUGGAGAAGGAGUUCCACUGCAAGAAGUACCUGAGCCUGACGGAGCGCUCGCAGAUCGCGCACGCCCUGAAGCUGAGCGAGGUGCAGGUGAAGAUCUGGUUCCAGAACCGCCGCGCCAAGUGGAAACGCAUCAAGGCGGGGAACGUGAGCAACCGCUCAGGUGAGCCUGUCCGCAACCCCAAGAUCGUGGUGCCCAUCCCGGUGCACGUCAACCGCUUCGCCGUGCGCAGCCAGCACCAGCAGAUCGAGCAGGGUGCCCGGCCCUGAGUGCCGUUGGGGCUCUCGGACCCUGGGGCGGGCGGGCCGCCGGCAGCGGAGGGGGCCGGCGCGGCGGGGGCGCGGCCCGGGCACCCUCUCGCACUCCUCUGUACAUGUCCCUUAUUUAUUCCGUGUAAACUCUGUACAUACGGCAGCGUGUCCGUCUGUCCGUGCCGCGGGGAACGCGGGCCGCCUGGCCGCCGCGGGUGCCGUCCGGGGCUGGGGCCGGGGGGCCAGGGCGGGGCCGCUCUGCCCGCGGGCGCUCGCCCAUGUAUAGCUGUGAUUUCAAUAAAUUAUUUUCUAUGGA